AUGUCUAGGCAACUACGGACUAGGAAGUCUCGUCCGAACUACGCCGAGCUCGCAGGUCUUGGAGAAGACGACGACGACGCCGGUCCUUCGAAUCAUGUUGACAGCGAGCUCAGCGGUAGUGACUUCGACGAUAACGCAGCUGCGCAAGAUCACCACGAUGAAGAUGAAGAAAUGGUCUUCGACCCGGAGGAAGAUGGGUUGGAUGACGAAGCCGGCCCUUCAAAACGGCGCCGCCAGGCGUCGACACGCGAGGCACCGGUCCUCGAUGAAGAAUAUAUCAGCGCUGCUCCACGACGCAAGAAGGCGGGGACGAAAGCGGCAUCAAAGAAGGCAGCCCCGUCGAUUGCGAACCUCGCAUCCGCCUCCUCUCGUCAAGUCCAUGCUCCGCUGCCCAACAAGGAUCACCGACAUCGCUCUACAGGACUGUAUCGCAGAGAAGGCGGAGCCGAACGGCUUGCCUCUCCGCCGUCGGUGUUUGGACCGGAAAAUCUUGCGGAAACUAGCGCAUGGGGCGCCUCUAACCUGAUCGCGGAGCGCGUCAACAAGUCUUGGGGGUAUAACACAGGCCCCGGUCCUCUCUGGGAGCUAAUCGAGGACAGGUGUUGGUUCAAGGAGUCGCACGGCGGCGCGCGAAUCACGGAAGCAGAUCUACGCCCACGCGUAUAUCCGGACGUCUCUCUGGGCGAGUUCCAAGUUCUCUCGCAGCAGGAUGCAUUGCCAUUUCUCCCAAAUAAAGGCAGAAAUCCUGUGCCACCAAUUGUAUGUUCAUUUGGACCACUCAAUAAGCAGGCGCGACAAGAGCUACAAGUGUUCGAUGCAAUCAAGAUGUCGCACUUCUUCUCGGAGAGCAAAUCGCAUGUAUUCAACGCCGGAGGUCCUGUGUGGGGUCUUGACUGGUGCCCGACACACCCAGAAGAUCGAAAACAUCAUGGUCAAAAACAGUUCAUUGCUGUCGCACCCUUUCCCUCUGUUGACUACUCCCCCACCGUUGGCUCGCGCAUACAGCGACCAAGUCCCGGGUGCAUCCAGAUAUGGUCUCUAGGCCCCUCUACAGACACCGAUUCAAUGGACGUAGACAGUGCCGGACAGAGCUCUACUGACGAUCGUGGCGAGAUGUGCUGUGAAAUGGUGUUGUGCGUGGACGGUGGGCCAGCUUUUGAAGUCAAGUGGUGUCCUCUUCCUUCUGGAGAUCCGAACACGGGUCCCGAAGGCGCGCCGAGAAAGUUGGGCAUACUUGCCGGAACCUUCGGGGACGGCUCUCUCUCGUUUUACACCGUUCCAGACCCGACCGCGCUCAAGUUGGCGGUCGAUCAUCCCGCCAAUACUCCGAUUUUCGUCAAGCUCACCCAACCCAUUCUUCGGAUUGAGCUUGAGGAGACUGCUCUGUGGUGUAUGGACUGGGCUGACAGUGAACUCGUCGCUGCGGGUUGUGCCAACGGCUCCAUUGCUGUCUACAAUAUCGCUGCGGCACUGAGGAUGGGUCCUGGGUUUACUGGGUUAAAGCAAACAUUGACGUCCAACUGGCUGAUUGAAGCGCUAAUCCCCACUCAUUAUUUCACCGCGCACCAGUCUGCAAUUCGUAGCCUCGCCUGGGUUCGCACCCCUGAAUACAACGCCAGCAAAGAAGUGACAGGAGGUAGCCCGACUGUCAUCGCGAGCGGAGGAUACGAUGGUGUGGAGAGUGUCACCGACAUACGGAACAUGCUUGGGGUCGUACUCAACCGGACGCGCGAUGUGGUCACCGCGAUGUGUUAUUCGACGUACUCGGGAAGCACGAUAACUAUAGACCACGAGAACAUGGUCAAAGCCUACUCGCUCUCGCCCGUGACGCUCGGGCGAGGACACACUGUCUUGGAACCGGGUGGGCCUGCAUGGAGCUUGGCGGCUUCCGAGCAUCAUCCACAGCUUGCUAUCGGCGCGACCGACGGCUCACUGCUCACUACCAACACGCUGAGGUCGACUCGAAGAGGUGGUCUUGUGCCAUUUUUGGAACACAAGAUCUACCAACUGGACUACAGCCGCACGCUGGGCGAGUACCGGAUGCUCGAGAACUUCCUGCCACAAGAAACUCAAAAUCGGCAAGCUCGCCACGCUGCCGGAGCGACGCCCGGGGCAGACACCACCUCGGCCUGGCCGCCCGAGGUCGGUGUUCAUCGUGUGGUGUGGAACGACGGAAACGGGCUUGGGCGGGCGUCGCUGGUCGCGUCUGGGACUGCGUCAGGGCUCUGUCGGAUCGACUGGCUGGAGGGACGGUGGGCGCGGGACCCACCUCCAUACGGCGGGGUGGAGGGGGUGCGGAGCGAGGUUGUGGGGAGCGUUGGGUUGGAAGAAGAUGACGACGAGUCGGACUAA